CCCUCACUGCGACAACGACCUCGACCACGACCAUGCCGACCUCGGUGCUCGACAUCCCGACCUGGCAGCGACCUGCACCGACGACCGAGAAACUCGACACCGUCCAACUCGCGUGCAUCGACCUCGCCAAAUGGCCCGACCGCAAGGAGGAGCUCGUCGAGGACCUUCGACACGCCGUGACCGACGUCGGCUUCUGGGCCAUCGAGAACACGGGCAUCACGGACGACGAGGUCGUGCGCCAAAUGUCGAUCGGCUCGGCCUUUCUCGACUUACCGCUCGACGAGAAGCGCAAGCACCCGUGCAACUUUGCCGAGGGCAAGUUCUUCGGCUACCGCGAGGGCGUGCGCAUCAUGGGCGACUCGGGCGUGGUCGACAACAGCGAGGCACUCUGUCUGCCCAAGGUGACGGCGUCCCUUGCGCAGGAAUGGCCCGUCGAGUACGACUGGCUGCAGCCGUUCAAGCCCGAGAUCGAGGCCUUCCAGUGCAAGGUCCACGAGCGCAUCCUCGACCCGCUCCUGCGGCUCUUUGCUCUGCUCCUCGAGCUCCCCGAGGAAUAUUUCUCUGCGCCGCACGCCUGGCACCGACCGAGCGAGGACCACCUGCGCUACAUGCGCUACACGCCAAACUCGCGCGAGGUCGACGAGCAGCUCAAGGACAAGCAGUACCUGAACGGCCACACCGAUUUUGGCCUCGUCACGUUGCUCUUUGCGCAAGUCGUCCAAGGCCUCCAGAUCCUGACGGCCGACAACGAGUGGAAGCACGUUCCCUUUAUUCCCGACAGCAUCGUCGUCAACACUGCCGACAUCCUGUCGUUCGCGACAGCCGGGUACCUCAAGUCGACGAUCCACCGCGUCGUGCGACCUCCUGAGGACCAAGCGCGCGUGCGGCGCAUGGGACUCUUCUACUUUAGUCGAGCAGCAUGGGACUUUCCUGCCGGCGUCGUUGCGCCUUCACCUGUCCUCGAGCGCCUCGGCCUGUACAAGCCCGACGAGCAGCCGGUCGAGCCAGUCUCGGGCCUCGAGUUUACCCGCGCUCGCGUCAAGCACAGCUGGGACCGGCCUGUGUACGCCGACGACGAGUUCAAGCGAGGUUUCUCGGUCGGCGGGCUCGCCGUCAAGACGGACUACGAGGCUGCGUCGUGAGUGUUGGACUGCAACUCGUUGUGCUCAGCGCC